AUGGAACCUGUUGCGAAGAUAGGCCGGUCAGAGAUGUGGGAACACUUUGAUUUGAUUUCGCCCAACAAGGUUCAGUGUUUGAUAUGUGACCAGAAGCUGGCCUACAACAACAACACCUCAUCCAUGUUGAGGCACUUUCGUGCCAAGCAUGAUCGUGCCACUGCCACUGCACAAGCUGAAUCCAGCAGUCAGGGAAAUAGAAAGGACCGGAUAGAUGAGGCACUUGUCCACAUGGUCGUAAAAGACUCACAACCGUUCAGCAUUGUGGAUGAUGUUGGAUUCCGAGCUUUUGUGAGCCUUCUGGAUCCAUCCUAUAUUCUGCCAUCACGGCAAACUGUGAAAGCCAUGGUGGAGUCCAAGUUUGUGGAGGAAAGGCAGAAGGCCAAGGAUGAAUUGCUGAAUGCUACAGCUGUGAGUCUGACCUCAGACAUGUGGACAUCUAUCCAUAUGGAUGCGUAUCUUGCCAUCACCUGCCAUUACAUUAAUGCCGAUGACAAAUUGUCCACCAUAUUAUUAUCGGUGGGGAAGUUCCCAGAGAGGCAUACGGCAGCCAACAUCGCAGCUACAAAGACAUCUGUCAUGGAGGAAUGGGGAAUUCAGGGAAAGGUGAGAUGCCUUGUGACUGAUGGUGCAGCAAACAUGUUGGCAUGUGGAAAUAUAUUGCAACUCAGACACAGCAUUUGUAUUGCCCAUGCUAUCAACCUGCUUGUGAAGAAAGCCAUUGACCAGACGCCAGGUCUGGAAGAAAUAAGGGGCAAGGCCAGGAAGAUUGCUGCCUAUUUCAGGACGAGCACUGUUGCCAGAGAGCGACUCCUCAGCAUCCAGCAGCAGAUGGGCAUACCUGUUCACAAGCUGGUGCAGGAGGUGGAAACACGUUGGAACAGCACGUAUGAAAUGAUGGCCAGGCUUUAUGAGCAGAGGGAACCGGUCAGUGCUGCUAUGGUGUCCCUCUCCACCGAUUUGGCGGCCCUGACUCCAGCAGAAUAUCAUAACAUAGCUGAAUGCCUUGGACCAUUGUCUCCUCUAAAAGAGGCAAUGGUGGAGCUGUCAUCAGAGAAAACUGUCUCUGGCUCCAAAAUUGUUCCCCUUGUGAGAAUGCUGAGGCAUGCCAUUAAUACUAAACUGCGGGAGGUGAAUGGUGAGAUGGCGAAGGAGCUCUGCACCAACCUCAUGCGGCUCAUGAUGGAGCGACUAAGUCACUAUGAAACAGCAAGUCAACACUCCCUGGCCACUCUCCUGGAUCCACGAUUCAAAGCAGUGGGAUUUUGCAACCCAGGAAAUUCUCAGAAUGCCAUCAGAAGGCUCACAGCUGAAUGUUCAUUCCUUUUCAAAGACAGCAGUACUCCACCUGACCCAGCAGCACAAGAGCCUGCUGAAUCCUCAGGAACUGGCCUAUGGGAUUUACUGGACCUACAUGUGUCAGAGACCAGGAAGGUGAAAAGUGCCACUGCAAAUGCCACUGUGGAGGUGCAGAGGUACCUCAGUGAGCCCAACAUACAACGCUCAGAAGAUCCACUUCAGUUUUGGGCACAGCACAAACAUGUAUACCCUCACUUGUACGUGCUGGCACGUAACAUUCUCUGCACACCUGCCUCCUCUGUGCCAUAUGUCCUCAUAGAGUACUGA